CGUGAGUUCGUCUUUGGACGAUCAUCCGACCUUAUACAUAAGAAAUCCUAGUCGAUUUCAAAUAACGGAAAUUUCAAUAUCAAAUUCCGUCCAUGACCCGUAUAUAACAUUCCCUGUCACUUCGGCUGGCAUUGCCGCUAUUCCAAACACUAUAGAUCUACUAGAAUUUACUCAAGACCCUAACGUCAAAUCAAUAUCACCAAAUAAGUUUUUACUUAAAUUGGCUAAAGACAAAUGCUUAGAACUAAAGUUCAAAUUCAGCAUAGGAGAAACGGAUGGAAAUAAAUCUUAUGUCAAAGGACUUACAUUUAUCAAUGUUGCUAGUGAAAAAGAGUUGGAAAGAAUAGUAACAGUUGAAUUCAACGAUGACCCCAACUCUACUGGACGCUGCUUGGAUAAUAUUAUUAACGAAUUAAUGAAAAUGUGCCAGCCUUACGAAAAAUUAUAUUUAAGGUUACAUAAACAUCCAAAGGUAUCAUUAGUUGGAAAUUAUGAAUCGGACGGAAUAAAACCUUUAGAAAUGGAAUGGAACUGGAUGUGGUCAGCUCCACAUAACAUGGACGAAGUUCAUCGAGGGUGGCGAAACUAUUGCUGCUUUGCCGAAUACGAUGCAAAAGAUAAUACUUUCCAAUUAUUGGCAGCCUUCACAUUUUGGGUUGCCGAUAGCACACGAGGUUACUAUCAUCGCGCGUCGAAAAGCACGGGAUCCCUUGAUGGAACGUCAUUCCUUACAGGAACAUCAUCGUUACUUCAGUCUUCUACAUCUGCACCAUGGUCCCUUCCACGCAGUGUUCGUCCGUCGAGUCCGGAUACAGUAUAUCUUCCAGUACCCGGUAUGUCGUCACACACAUCUGGGACCGCCUCCUCAAUUUCAAGUGGAGGCAGACGCUCUUCUGAUGAUUUAAUGUUUCAACAUGAACCCGAAGAUGGCCCAUUGUUUCGUGCCACCCUUUCGUCAUAUGAGAAGAAGACAGGUUCAUUGAGACAGUAUAUAAAACGUAUACUUAAGGCUGCGUCUGCGUCUCAUGAAGUCAUGUUGGACAGUAAUGAAGCAGAUGAUGAGCUUAUGGUGGCCUUAAGGGCAGCAGCAACAGCUCAUCCUCAAGCAUUUCAACCAGUUUUGGAUAGCUAUUUGGAAGAUGCUGCUAAAAAAAUUGCGCACCUUAGAGAAAAUCUUGCGAAUCAAAUGUCUAUUCUCCUUAUUGAGCCCCUGCGAAAAAUGUAUGAAAAUGACAUUAAAGUGGCUGAUAGCAAAAAGAAGGAAUUCGAGGAUGAAUCUCGAGAUUAUUAUCAAUUUUUAUCCAAGUAUUUAUCCAUGAAAGUUGAUUCUGCUAAAGAAAAGAAGAAACUCGAAACUGAUUCAAAAUAUCAAAACAAACGAAAAACUUUUGAAUUAAAGCGAUUCGAUUAUUAUGCGUAUAUGCAAGACUUACAUGGGGGGAGGAAAGAUCAGGAAAUUUUAUAUCAUUUGACGAAUUUUGCUGAAAAGCAGUUUGCAUUUUAUCAACAAACCGCAAUGAGUAUACAAAAUUUGAAGCCAGGUUUGGAUAAAUUAGCAGUUGAUGUUGCGGAGACAACAAAGGAGAUUCAUCUAAUGAGAAAAGAGAGAGAAGAAAGGCGCAGAGCAUUGGAGACUCGAGCAAUAACUGCAAAUCCAUUCACGGGCGAGACUCUCAAUGAAGGAGAGAAUUCAAAUAAUUGCAAUGGAAGUGCAUCUACGGAUAGUACGACAGACAAUGCAGAAAAUCAAACUUUGAUUCAUGCUGGAUCACUAAAUACGACACAAAAUAAAUUUAAAGGAAUUCGUGAUUUGGAUCAACAGGGCAAUGAAUCUGCAUCAACUGCUGGCAGGAGGAAAGAAGGAUUUCUAUUUGCUACAUCACGAGCAACGCAACAUGGAACUGUUGACCCGAUUGCAAAAAAUAAUUGGCAUAAAUAUUGGUGUGUAUUGGCGGGAGGUCAACUUUGUGAAUACAGUAAUUGGAAAAAACAACUUGAAACACACAACGAGCCAAUAAAUUUGCGAUUCGCUACAGUAAGAGAAGCAAGAGGUGCUGAUCGUCGUUUUUGUUUUGAGGUCAUAACACCUCAAUAUCGACGUAUAUAUCAAGCAAUUUCCGCUGAAGAUAUGAGUUCGUGGAUGGCAGUAAUUUCCAAUGCCAUUGAGAGUCUUCUUAACGGAACAAGCAGCUGUCGUAACUUGGAUCAGGUAUUAACUCAAGACGUAGAUAGUACUGGUGCUGGAACGUUAUUUUCCAAAAAAGCCCUUCAAAGAAGAGGAACAUUACCAAGUUUGUCUGAAAAAAGAAAAUGCGACAUGAAGAAGGGUACGCCAGUAUUAUCUGAAGAGCCAAUUAUAAAAACUCAGUCUAAAGGUCGGAACCGCCAGGAAAUGGAUGAAAAUGCAAAAUCUGUCAGAAUUAUUGAAUCUAUCAAGGGUGCGGACAUCUCGAAUACCUCUUGUGCAGACU